AUAUGAAGUCGGACAUUACAUGAUAAUAAUUUGGGUAAAGAUGCAUGCGAAAAACACUUGAAAAAGACACUAGAGGAUUACGUAGGUAGACAGUACAUCUAAUUGAUGAAUGAAAUGUCGGAGCAGUUGAAAAUGAGGGAGCGACACGAAGACGAGAUAAUAGAAGAAAACUAUUACAGACUUAUUGGUUUUGUGGUAGAUGUAAUAAUGGGAAUCCUCAGGAAAGUUAUAAUUUUUAAAAUCGGACAUGGAGAUUUUCAGAAAUUUUUAAAUAGUCAAAAGCACAAAAUGUAUCAUUGGUGGAUUAAUAAUACGCAAUGCUGUCAGUUUUACGGAUCGAGAAAACUCUUGGGAGAAACAGAGCUUUCGCGAGCACAGAUUGCAUGUCUUUUUGAAAUACCAGUAGGUGAUCGAGCAAAACCAGGACACCACAAAAUGAAGAACGACAAGACCAUUCAACACUGUUUAUGCAGAUUCUAUGCAAAAGUAGACGUGACAACAAAGGAAUUGGAUCUUGCUUUAGCCUGCACAAUUUUGAUCAAUUGCUUGUCAACAAAGUGUAAUCCGCUGGAACUGAAGUACAUACGUACAAUUAAAAAUUUGCGGAACCAAAUUAGUCAUGUUACAUGUACACAAUCGCUGACCUCAGACGAAUUCAACCGUGUAUGGGAAAAGCUUGAAAGUAGCAUCUUAUAUUUAGCCAAAGGUGUUAACGAAAAUUUGCACACAGAAGCGCAAAAAUCAAUACUUUCCCUUAAACACAGGGAUCUUGAAUUGAAAUACUGUCUUAAAGUGCACAAUAUUCUUCGGAUUUGGGAAAAACGGGAUACUCUUUUAACCGAGAAAAUGGAGAAAAUGAUCUGUGUGCAACAACAUUUCUCAUCCGCACUUGAAGAGCAUACAUCGAAACUGGAAGAUUUAAAUGGUAAAGUAGAUAACAUGGCUAUCAUAGAAAAGGAAAGUAUCCAAGAAAUGAUUCGAGAAAUGCAGAAACGUAUUACUCAGGAUAUUGAUUCUCUCAAGCAAGAACUCAAAUUUACCAUGAGAAAAAUGGAUGAAAAACAACACAAAUUGACCAGAAGAACAAUUGCCAGAACUGAAAAGCGGCUACUUAACAAAAACAUGUGUACAAAUCCAGUGAAAGACAGCCUGACAGUAACAGAUAAAAGUAGCGAGUUUGUCAGAUGGAAAGAAGAAAACUUGGCAAAACUGUCAAUUAUUAUCAAGAAGAUAUUUACGUUGGUUCUUCGCAGAGCUUUCAGAACUGAAUGGAACAGACAAUAUCCUAAUAACCCGUGGCUUGACAAUACAGUUAGUAGAAAAAAAUUACUAGAAUUGGAACGACGACCUUCAAAAAGAGGUAGAAUUUGUCAGGAACAAAUAAGAAAAGGAGACGGAGAUGUUAACUCGUGGGAUUUCUCUCUUUUAGCACACUUGUUAUGCCAUUCCAAAGCACUCGAUUUAAAAAACCGAAAUAUACAACUUUAUAAUGGAACAUAUCAGGUUCUCGAAUAUUACAAGAAAUUUUCAGGAAUGAAAUGUUUCGAAAUUAACAGAAAAGAAUUUGACACUAUGUAUCACCAGAUUCACCACUGCUUUGAAGUUGUACCAGAAUUCAGAAGUAGUUGUGAUAUGCUUUAUGACAUAAAACAGGCACAUAUUCAUAUAUCACUAACUGAACCAUCACAUCAACUAGUCAACUGUCAAGUUAAGAGACAUGAAGGAAUCGAACAAUGUUUACUUUGGUUACUUCUUGCCGCUCUAAUGUGUUUUGUUUACUGGGGUAAAAGGAAAAUUGAAGAAAUACAAAUGUUAGUCUUUCAGUUGCCAAAAUCUGACUUCCACAGAUCUGAAGCAAUGAAUACUUAUGACAUUCCAUAUACGAUUGCAGUAAUUCUUACUGCUUUAGUAGCAUUUUGGGUUGCUGUACGUUACUUGAAAAACAAAAGAAUAUUAUAAGAUUAACAGAACAAAAUCUGAAAUGAUAUGAUGUUGAAUGCCAUUUUAUUUUUCUGCAGCAUUAUUUCACCCCAUUAAUAACUUUAGAUUGAAUCUCAGGGUAAUACUAAUGUCUACAGCAGAGUAAUUCAUAUUAUAUAUAUGCUAUAGUAAUUUAAGAGUACGUGUAUACUUAAUAGAUAUGAAUGAAAUGAAAUAUUGAAAGAGGAAAUUAGCAGAAGUAAACUGCAGCACAUACAAUUUACUUUUAAUUUGAUGGUUAAAGCCCGUUACCUCUGGAAAGAAAAUAGAAACAUUCACAUUCAAAUGGGAGCUUUCUUCCAUCAAAUCAAAAAGUCCACAAACAUUUCAUAGAUCAAAGUAUUAUCUUGUGUUUUGUACGGCGGAUAGAGAUAUACCAUAAUACCUUUGGAAUAGGACGGUUGUAUUGAAAGAUGCAUGCUUGUUUGACUGAAGAAAAAAAGUUCUUGGCCUUCCACAUUUUUGCUUACAAAAUUCUAAAUCAAAUCAUGGUAAACGAUCUAAAGUUCUUUUGUAUGGAUUGCCAAACCUUUGCAUGCGCAUGGAUAUACUGCGAGGAAGAUAUAUCCGAAAACGGUCCUCAAGUUGCAUGAUUGUACGUCACGAAGUCUCUCAGACUUGAUAAUCGUCAGAUCUAAAACUUGAUAGAGGGUCUGAAAAAAAAACACGCUUAUUCUGUAAAAUUCUCAUGAAAAUGAUUUAACUAGCUAUUACAUUUUUCUGUAAUUAGAUGAUUUCUUUAUUCUGUAUAUUGUUCAUUUCCGUAAUCAGUAUUAUACAAGGUACCAAAUUCUUUCAUUUCCAAUAUUAUUCUCUUCUUUAUUUCUUUUCCUAUUUGUUUCUAUAUUCAUUAUUUUUUACCAUUAUUCUCUAUUCUGUAAACCCCAUCCUGGCCCUCCUUAAUAGUAUUAACAUUAACGGUAACAAUACUACUAGUAUUGCACCAGAUACGCUUUUCGACAACUAAUGGCUCUUCAUUGAUAGUCUAGAUAGACCUACUAAGAGUAAUCACAACCAAUAAAAAAAACCACUGUUUUAAGUCAGUCAAGGUACUUAUUCUGCAGAAAAAUUAACAUAAGUUGUUAAAAACGAAAGUUAGUUACUGCAACAUUCGUCUCAGGCAAGACAGAAAUAUAAGGAUAUAGAUGAACUGUCUGUUUUAGAAAAUCAGGGACUUACCUUUAUGUAGGGCCUAUUCCCACAUUAUUAUUUUUGCCAAAAAUAUUUUGUUUGUGAUGCCAGAUGAAUUAUUUUAUGGUAUUUUUGUAAUAUUUACUUGCACCAAUUGUUAUCUCAAUGAUUAAAAUAUAAUUUAAUA